UUUAGAGAUCAGUUAACUUUUUUUUCAAAGAUUAUCAUAGAUUUUUAGAAAAACAAAAUUAACACAAAGUUUUGUUGAUUCAUACAUACAUACAGUAGUAUUUAAAUUUUUUUUUAAUAAAAUGCAUUUUACGCUUAACAUCGGCACAGUUAUGUUUGCGGCACUUGUAUUCAGUAGUCAAUUCAAUGGACAUCACCAGCAAUCAGUUCCUGAGAUUCCUGGUUUUUACUCCACUGGGAUUCAGUUGCCGGGAGGUAUGAGAUUUCUUAAUAACUUGAUUAGCAUAACAACUAUCGCCACUAAAACCCCAGACACUAUGAUUAAUACUACGACUAUGGCUGGUGAAGGCAAUUCAGUAGAAACCGAUACUAACAAUAAUAAUACUGCUAUCAGUACUGCUAAUCCUGAUGAUCAACAGCCACCCGUUGGUAAUAGUACUGCCGAUUCAGAUAUUAACAGCACUACACCCGAACCAGGAAGCGAUACAACUACCAUACAUACAGGUGCCGAUACAACUGGUGUUACCAGCAAUGAGAAUACCCAACAAAGCCAAACACAAGCACCGUCUGUAAGCUCUGGCGUAAUAACAACAUCAGCGAAACCAAAGUCAAUGUCAUCGGGAAUGACAUGGAUUUUGAUAGCCGUUAUUGUCGUCGGAGUAAUCGCUCUGAUACUUGUGCUCUGCUUAUGUGUAAUGAAAAAUCGUGAUUCAAGUGAUCACAAAAAAUUGUCGAAAUCACAGCCAACUAGUGUAAGAACUAUGCCUAAUAAGGUUGGUUCGGUUAAAUCGGGACCACAGUCGCCGCCGAACAAAUUGGGCGGACCGCCGGCACCACCUCCUCCACCGCCGCCGCCGCCGCCGCCAGAAAAAGUGUCCAAAUCAGAGUCAGAAGCGAAGUCAGAUGGACAGCCAGUUGCUGGUCAGGUGAGUACAGAGCAGACACAAAAAUCGGAACCAAUAGCCGAUCCGACAGUGGAUGACACAACAACAACAACAUCGGAUGAAAGUCUUAUUAAUAUCGAUGCCGAACCCAUUGCUGUCAAAUCUAACGGUCCUGAAGUGGUCUGAUUCAUAUGAUUUUGUAUUGAGAUUAUAAAAAGUUUGAUACAUAACAA